AUGUCAACAGUACUCACUACCGGUUUGAAACCGGAGGCUAUUGGAAUGUUCACCAAGACGAAUGUUCCCCUUUUCAUGUACGAAAAUGGACGGGAGUACCCAGGCUGUGGGUUCGAGCUGGCCUUUAGUGUCAACUUCACCUUCGCCCUCCCACCCAAAGCCAAGGCAGCUUCCAACGGCUUUGCCUUUGUGGUCUCGUCAAGCAACACAGUGGGGACCAAUGACACAUCAAUCGCCGCUGUGAUAUCCCCGUUCCCGCUCGCCAACAAGAAGCCAUACACGGCAUGGGUUGACUACAUGCCUGGAGACCCUGGCACCAUCCAGGUGUUCCUGGCAACGACAGCAGUGAAGCCAGCGAAGCCACUGCUAGAGUCCCGGCUGUCACUGUGUGCGGUGCUGCAGCCGGGACCACCAGAGGGAAGACCGCGGAAGCCGUGGGCGUUCUACUUUGGCUUCGUGGCGUCCACCACAGUGAAGCCGUUCAUGACUCAAGCCAUCCUCAGCUCUUACCUGCGCACAGGUUGGUGCCGUCCUCCUUUCUGCCCUGCGCACAGGGCUGAGGCUCACCAUGGCGUUUUGUCUAUGAGUAGCUUGCCAUAUGCGUUCCCUUCCUUGCCCUUCCCUUCAGAUGCGUGCUGGGCGCUCGCAGUGGUGGCGAGCAUAGAAGCUGCAUACGGCAUCGCGUCAAAUCUAGAGGCACUGAAGCUGUCAGUGGAUUCGCUCUUCACAUCCAUGGGUCUUACCACCCAGGCAGCCAAGUGCACUUUGGGAGGCUCCCUGACUGAUGCCUUCGAGAAGCUGCUGGCUCUGCCCAAAGGGGCCAUAACCCUGGAGGGCAAUCCGGGAUUUGAGCGCGCUGCCUUCAAGGGGUAUGCGGGGCUGAUGAUGGCAGUGCAGCGGCAGCCAAUGGUGGUUCACAUCGAAGCCUCUGUUGCCUCCUUCGGCACAUACGAUGGGGUGAGUGCUGUCUGUUUGUUCUCAUUCACUUACAAUGUGCUGGGCAAGGCCUAG